CAGCCUCCAGCCACAGCCAUUCAAGAUGCACCCAGGUAUCCUGGUCGCCUUCCUCUUCCUGAGCUGGACUCAUUGUCGGUCCCUGCCCCUUCCUAAUGGUGAUGACGAUGAUUUGUCCGAGGAAGACCUCCAGUUUGCAGAGCGCUACCUGAAAUCCUACUACCAUCCUCCGAAUCUCGCGGGAAUCCUGAAGGAGACUUCAGCAAGUUCCAUGGUUGACAGGCUUCGAGAAAUGCAGUCUUUUUUUGGCUUGGAAGUGACUGGCAAACUUGACGAUAACACCUUAGAUAUCAUGAAAAAACCAAGAUGCGGGGUCCCUGAUGUGGGUGAAUACAAUGUUUUCCCUCGAACCCUCAAAUGGACACAAACGAAUUUAACCUACAGAAUUGUGAAUUACACCCCUGAUAUGCCUCACUCUGAAGUUGAAAAGGCAUUUAAAAAAGCCUUCAAAGUGUGGUCCGAUGUGACACCUUUGAAUUUUACCAGACUUCAUGAUGGCACUGCUGAUAUCAUGAUCUCUUUUGGAACGAAAGAGCAUGGCGACUUCUACCCAUUUGAUGGACCCUCUGGUCUGCUGGCUCACGCUUUUCCUCCGGGACCAAAUUACGGAGGAGAUGCCCAUUUUGAUGAUGAUGAAACCUGGACAAGUAGUUCCAAAGGCUACAACUUGUUUCUUGUUGCAGCCCAUGAGUUUGGCCACUCCUUAGGCCUUGAUCACUCCAAGGACCCGGGAGCGCUCAUGUUUCCCAUCUACACCUACACUGGCAAAAGCCACUUUGUGCUUCCAGAUGAUGAUGUACAAGGAAUCCAGUCUCUCUACGGUCCAGGAGAUGAAGACCCCAACCCUAAACAUCCCAAAACACCAGACAAAUGUGACCCAUCCUUAUCCCUCGAUGCCAUUACCAGUCUCCGAGGAGAAACCAUGAUCUUUAAAGACAGAUUCUUUUGGCGCCUGCAUCCUCAGCAGGUUGACGCGGAGCUGUUUUUAACAAAAUCGUUUUGGCCAGAACUUCCCAACCGUAUUGACGCUGCGUAUGAGCAUCCUGCUCAUGACCUUGUCUUCGUCUUUAGAGGUAGAAAAUUUUGGGCUCUUAAUGGUUAUGACAUUAUGGAAGGUUAUCCCAAAAAAAUAUCUGAACUGGGAUUUCCAAAAGAGGUUAAGAAGAUAAGUGCAGCUGUUCACUUUGAGGAUACAGGCAAGACACUCUUCUUCUCAGGAAACCAGGUCUGGAGGUAUGAUGAUACUAAUCAUAUUAUGGAUACAGACUAUCCCAGACUAAUAGAAGAGGACUUCCCAGGCAUUGGUGAUAAAGUGGAUGCUGUCUAUGAGAAAAAUGGUUAUAUCUAUUUUUUCAAUGGACCCAUACAGUUCGAAUACAGCAUCUGGAGCAACCGUAUUGUUCGAGUCAUGCCAACAAAUUCCCUAUUGUGGUGUUAAAUGUCUUUCAAAAAUUAUUAUUUAAAUCCUGAAAAGCAUUUGAGAUAAUACUUCUAGGAGUGUGGGAGCAGGGGGAGGAGAGAUAUCAGGGGAAAGCUUAGUUCUGUGAACAAGCUUCAGUAAGUUAUCUUUGACUAUGUAGUAUCUAUAUAAGUAUACGUGGCUGGAACCACAUUGAAGAAUUUUAAAACAAUGAAAUUGAAGAUCUCUAAGGAGCACCUGAUUCGUGUGUACUUUGUAGGAGCAAUGGUUGAUAUUAUUCACUACACCGAAAGUGAGAUAAUGUGAUCUGUCCAUGAGAGUUAGAAUAAUUUUUAAAUACAUUUAUAAAGAAACUUUACAAAGGCAUAAAAGUAAAUCACAUUUAUAUAACUAAUGAAUCAUCCUUAUUAAAAAGUAUGAAAUUGUGUGAAAAUAGAAUUUAGGGCAGCAUAAGGUAGCCAUACAUAAAAUAGAUAAAUGAAAAGGAAAUGUCUGUAAUAAAUAGAUUGUGGACAACUUUGCAAAGAAAUAAUUUGUGUUUUGCACUGAAAAUAGCCAGACGUACAUGUCAUUUUUCACACAGACACUAGGAAAAUAUCUAAGUCACUAAAGAUAGGAGACAAAGACUAAUGGUGAGGAUAAUAGAUGUGGCCUUUGGAUUCUACUUUUUUACUUUUGGCAAUGACUCAAGGGCUGCCCUCAAAUAAAACAAAUAUUUCUUUGCAUAUUUAUAGAAAAUAGAGACAAACUCUCUCUUUUUAUUAAAAUAUUUUGGGUUUUUCAAAAGUCACAUAGUACAAAGUUAAAAUUAAAAUUAUUAUCAAAAUAAUCUAAAGCCAUGGCAUCACUUUUUCAUAAAUCAUUUGAUUAUUUAAGACUAAAAGUAGUGUCCUAACCCUAUUUUAUCUAGCUAAUUAUUUUAAUUGUCCAGUUUACCUUAGAUAUAGAGGCUAUUUUCUAAAGACUUGUAUAACAUGUAAUAAGAUAUAUCUUAUAAAUUGGAAGUACAUAUGUUAAAGCAGAGACAUCCGAAGUAAAGAAAAUGGUCUACCAGAUUUUUAUCUCUUGAGAUAUAGGACUAGGCCUUUUUCCUCUUUUCUUUUCUUUUUCUUUUUUUAAAAAAACCUCCCAGCACUUUUCUCUGUACUUGAUAUUUGGAAAGGCACUUACUGAAUAUAUAAGUGCUGUCAAGGGAAGGACUAUUGUGCUGAGAGAUGAUGUUCAUAAAAACUCAGGCAAAGAAAAUGAAGUGUAUAUUUGCAAAAUGUAUUGGGACGUGCUUAUGUUGUUUAUAAUAAAAAAGAUAUUUUCAACAGA